GCUGUCCGAGACAGCGAUUUACCCUGGAAGCUUAGUUUGGUAAAUAGUUUUGCCACGCUACCAUUUUUGUCAAUAGUUUCCGUUUAAAGCUCAAUUUGGUAAAACGUCCGAAAACAAAAGCUUUGAAACCAAUAAUGAAAAAUAACGUAAGAAAAAAAACAUAAAAAAGCCUAAUUAAACACGUCACCUUAUCAACCUUUUUAGCAAUAAAAUAAAAAUAUCUCCUUCUCAAUUCUCACUUUCUGAGAGCUCAAAAGGCCAAAUUAAAAUAUACACACCCAUUUUUCUGAAUAAUAAAAUCAAAUUAAUAAUAUAUAUAUUUUUUUAAUAUCUUUUCCAUCCAUUUGUCCUGUUUUAUUUCAGUUUUAAUUUCCUUAUUUCAAAAAAUAUCCGCCAUUGAAGAAGCUCUUCGAAGCUCUGCACCUCCACUAACUCACUGUCACUGUUCUAAGUUCCGUGUUUGUGCUUCGGUCAACGAUAGGUCAAAGUAGUUGGUUUAGUUGACGGUGUUUUGGUAUUGAUUGGUAUGAAAUGGAUGUUGGUUAUAGUUUUAAGCAGUCCAAUUUGAUUCAUGGAAUUGAGUGCAGAAGAUAUCGUUCUGAUUUUAUCCAUUCGAAAUUGGGGUUUAGAGUCAGUGGGUUUGGGUAUAAUAAGUAUGGAAGUAAUUCAAGGUCAGUUUCAAGAAUCUGUUUGAGGAAGAAUGUGAAGGGAAUUGGUAGUGUUAGUGGUGGUUCUAUCGUAAAAUUGCCGUCUGGGAGGGAUUUUGAUGGUCAAUUGUGGGGUUUGCCUUCGAGGAAAGCCGGGGUAGGUGGGAGCGAGAAGGGUUCUGAGUCUGGGAGUUUGGGAGGGGUUGCUCGGUGUCAGGGUAAUGAUGCUGUAGUUUACAUCGAUGGAAAUGGUCGGAGUGCUGAGGUAGGAAAAGAUUAUGAAGGAGAAGGGUGGAUAGAAGAGGAUAGUCUUGACUUAGAGUUGGAUAGUUCUGGAGGAGAGAAGGAAAAAAAAGAAGAUGAGGUAGCUCAGGAUACAACUUUGGAGGAUUUGAGAGAAUCGUUGCUGAAGGCUUGCAGGGAAUUGGAAAUUGCACGGCUGAACAGUACUAUGUUUGAAAAGAAGGCACAGAAUAUAUCGGAAGCUGCCUUUGCGUUAAAAGAUCAAGCAGUGAAUGCUAGGAAUAAUGUUGAUAGUACGCUGAAAAUGAUAGAAGAGCUAAUAGAUCAAGAAGUGGGUGCUAAGGAAGCUCUUCAGAAAGCCACAAUGUCUCUUUCUUUGGCUGAGGCAAGGCUUCAGGUGGCCUUGGACACUGUAGAGAUUGUCAAAUCGAAUAGUGAUUCCGAAAACGAAAGUGAUGAGGUUGUAUUAAACCAGCUAAGGCAAGAGGAGGAUGCCCUACUAGCUGCUCAGAAGGAGAUUAAGGAAUUCAGGAUGGCUUUAGAAAAUUGUGAAGCAGAGCUAACAAGGCUGCAGCUAAAGAAAGAGGAGCUGCAGAAAGAAGUGGAAAGAUUGAAUGAAGUUGCUGAUCAGGCUCAGAUAAAUGCACUGAAAGCUGAAGAGGAUGUCGCUAACAUAAUGCUUUUAGCCGAGCAGGCUGUUGCUUUUGAGCUUGAGGCUGCUCAGCGCGUGAAUGAUGCUGAGAUGGCCUUGCAGCGAGCUGAAAAGCUGCUCUCUAAUUCUCAAACUGAUGUCAAAGAUUCUAUUGAUCUUUCAAGUAGGUCAUCCUUUAAUGAAGAUGUUGCUAUUCAGGAAGAGAUGUCUGAAGGAUCUCUGGGUACUGAUGGCUUUGAAAGUGAAAACAAUUUGGUUGUAGAAGGUGCUUCUUUGGCCAGCAAACCAUCACUGGAUAAGCCCUCUGACAAAACAAGCCAGAAUCUGAUUGACGUUGCUUUAUCUGAUGAUUCAAGCGACAAAGAAAAUAGAAAACCAUACGUAGAAGUCAAUAGAGAUGCUGAUGCAGAGGUAGAAAAAGUGAAGAGCGCAGCACAAGCUAAGAAAUUAGAGAUACAAAAAGAAGUGGCACGUGACAGUUCUCCCCCAAGUAGCUCAAAGGCAUCAGUGAAGAAAUCAUCUCGAUUCUUUUCUGCAUCAUUCUUUUCAUUUGAUGAAGAUGAUGAAGAGUUCACACCAGCCUCUGUUUUUCAUGGUGUUAUGGAUUCUGCAAAGAAGCAGUUGCCAAAAUUGAUUGUUGGAAUAUUGCUCAUUGGAGCAGGGGUUGGCUAUUAUAUUAACCGAGGUGAGAGAGGUGCUCAGCUGUUUCAGCCACAACAUGUAUUAACCUCCACUAUUGAAGAAGUUUCUUCAAAUGGAAAACCUCUGAUUCAGCAAAUGCAGAAAAUUUCUAAGACAGUGAAGAGUCUAAUUGAUAAGCUUCCCCAGCAAGAGAUUAAUGAAGAGGAAGCAUCCUUGUUUGAUAUGCUAUGGUUGUUGCUGGCCAGUGUGAUAUUUGUACCUAUUUUCCAGAAAAUUCCUGGGGGUAGUCCUGUCCUUGGUUAUUUGGCUGCUGGAAUCUUGAUUGGUCCAUACGGCCUCUCAAUAAUUCGUCAUGUGCAUGGAACUAAGGCGAUUGCAGAAUUUGGAGUUGUGUUUUUACUAUUUAACAUUGGCCUUGAGCUUUCUGUUGAAAGACUGAGCUCCAUGAAGAAGUACGUAUUUGGUUUAGGUUCUGCCCAGGUGCUGUUAACAGCUGCAGUAGUUGGCAUGGUGGCCCAUUAUAUUUCAAAACAGGCAGGUCCUGCGGCAAUAGUAAUUGGGAAUGGCUUGGCCUUGUCAUCAACUGCUGUUGUCCUGCAGGUUUUGCAAGAGCGAGGGGAGAGCACUUCACGGCAUGGGCGUUCUACAUUUUCAGUCUUACUAUUCCAGGAUUUAGCUGUCGUGGUUUUGCUGAUACUCAUACCACUCAUUUCACCAAAUUCUUCUAAAGGCGGGAUUGGUUUCCAAGCUAUUGCAGAAGCCCUAGGAUUGGCUGCUGUUAAGGCAGUUGUUGCAAUUGCCGCUAUAAUUGCUGGUGGACGCUUGUUUCUUCGACCAAUUUACAGGCAAAUUGCUGAAAACCAGAACGCGGAGAUAUUUUCAGCCUGUACACUUCUUGUUAUACUAGGGACAAGUCUCCUUACUGCUAGGGCUGGUCUAUCUAUGGCAUUAGGGGCAUUUUUGGCUGGUUUACUUCUUGCAGAAACUGAGUUUUCAUUGCAAGUGGAGUCAGAUAUUGCACCAUAUCGCGGCCUUCUUUUGGGUCUUUUCUUCAUGACGGUAGGGAUGUCUAUUGAUCCAAAACUUCUCCUCUCAAACUUCCCGGUUAUCAUGGGAGCAUUAGGACUUCUAAUCGUGGGCAAGACUAUGCUGGUUACUUUAGUUGGUAGAGUCUUUGGUGUUUCAACAGUAGCUGCAAUCAGAACAGGUCUUCUUCUUGCUCCUGGAGGAGAAUUCGCCUUUGUUGCAUUUGGUGAAGCUGUAAACCAGGGCAUAAUGUCUCCACAGCUGUCAUCUUUGUUGUUCCUUGUGGUUGGGAUUUCCAUGGCUCUUACACCAUGGCUGGCUGCUGGUGGCCAGCUGAUUGCCUCUCGCUUUGAGUUGCAUGAUGUGCGAAGUUUAUUACCUGUUGAGAGUGAGACGGAUGACCUUCAGGAUCAUAUUAUUAUAUGUGGAUUUGGACGUGUAGGCCAGAUCAUAGCUCAGCUCCUGUCAGAACGUUUGAUACCAUUUGUUGCUCUUGAUGUUAGAAGUGACAGGGUAGCAAUUGGUCGUGCACUUGAUCUUCCUGUAUAUUUUGGAGAUGCUGGAAGUCGUGAGGUACUUCAUAAGGUUGGGGCUGAAAGAGCUUGUGCCGCAGCAAUAACAUUGGACACUCCUGGUGCAAAUUAUAGAACUGUUUGGGCAUUGAGCAAGCAUUUCCCAAAUGUUAAAACCUUUGUUCGUGCACAUGAUGUCGAUCAUGGUCUAAAUCUAGAAAAGGCUGGGGCAACUGCGGUUGUCCCUGAGACAUUGGAACCAAGUCUACAGUUGGCAGCUGCUGUUCUUGCACAGGCUAAACUUCCAACAUCAGAGAUAGCAUCUGCAAUCAAUGAGUUUAGAUCCCGUCACCUCUCUGAACUGACUGAGCUGUGUGAAGCUAGUGGAAGUUCACUAGGUUAUGGAUAUUCUCGAGUCAUGAGCAAACCCAAAUCCCAACCAGUUGACUCUUCCGAUGAUAACCAAGUCAUUGAGGGAACACUGGCUAUAUAAAUUUGCAGCUAAUACAACCAAGAGUAGAGAAGGCAACAAAAUUGUAUAGUUUCAUUACAUUCUCACUAGUGUAAUUUGUAUAGAAUUUUUGGGCAAAAAUAUCAAAGGUAAAUACUUCUUUUUCGUUUCUUAAUGCUCAUUUCCUCUUUGUGGGGAAUCCAAAAUUUUGACCAAUUUGCCUUCUGAAUCAAAAGCGAAGGAGCUUUCAACCUUUAUGUUCGUUUUGAAAAUUUGUAAUUACGAUAUUUGACGAAUGCCUUUAUUUAUCAAUCUAUCUC